AUGCGCUCCACACCACCACUGCUGGCCCAUCGUCGCGUGCCCGCCGGCGCCAGUUCCCAUCAUAUCGGCAACACCCCCCAGGCGAAUCCAGGCACCAGUUCGACUUCGUUCUCCAACCACUACGGAUCUGGUAGCAUGUCUAUCAGCGAAGGCCAAAACGACGACAUACCGGACCUUGAUCUUACUAGCCACGGAUCCAGCCAACACGGUGGCGUGAGCAACCUGCCGGAGAACCCCAUCUUUCAUUACACCCAAAUGGCCCAGGAUCUCAACUUAUCACCAUCAUUACAUGGCAGCUCGGGCAAUUAUUUCAAUGCUGUCGACCAAGGUGAUGACUCUUCGGCAUCUUCUGACGUAGAGUCUACUUCACCCUCAAGCGUUUGGCUUGAUGACGAUAUCAUGGGCGAGGGUGAGAGCGGCAUGGACGAAGGAGGUAAUAGUUUAUACCCCUCGCAUAUUUUCCCUAAUUUCAAUGAAGAGAAUGCGCUUGAAGUAUCAGUGGUGGUAGUUGACACUGAUGGAUCCAAUGGCUCAGAUCCAGACUCUACGGAUGAAGACGACGCCGCGCCGCACCAACCUCCAAUCUUUGUUGCCUUGCCCAUGAAUCCGCUGGUAUUCCCACAAAACCUUUACCCAAAUGGGUUCCCGGAUGCUCUCACGUUCCCAGGUGCCCCGCCGCUGGCCCCUGGCGAGGAUGACCUCCCACCACUAAUGCUAAGCUCAGGGAGUUCUGAAAUCACAGGGUCUCAAAACUACGGCUUACUUGACUUCCUUCGUUAUUGGGCUCGCUACGGAGCAAAUCAUCAGAAAAAGGACCCCGACUUCCAAAUCCCGAAUAUUCAUCGCAUGAUGGACCACAUAAGUCGGAGUGUAAGCCGAGUCUCGUAUUCAGAUCUCAAUGGAGACAAAUGCGAUAUGCAAGGCCUUGACUGGGAAAGCAUGGGGGUGACCCGAACGACGGCGAGGAUCACACGAAACAAAGUCUACAAGAAUUAUACCAAUAUCCCAAAAACGGAUUCUAUUACAAGGGAUCAACCAGACGCUUUUAUCCCCCCAUCGGAGAGCUACUUUCGGUAUCGCCAAACGAUAAUGCGUUCGGAUGUUCUUCUGUCCCAUUUCCAGCUCCGUUCCGUCCUUGCCUGCCCUUCUCGGUCACAGGUCUACUACGCGACCCGUCGAGGUAUCAAUCGACUGAACCCUGUAUCGAAGAGGACGGACUUGGCCAUGAAUGUCAGAUCCUUUGGUUCACCGCUACGUACUGUCACGGCUCUUGACGCAACUUCUGAGGUGCUGGUGGGUGGAACCUUCAACGGAGAUUACUGCAUCAAACCAAUCCACGCCGAGGACACCCAGAGACCCUCUGAAGGCCGAAUUACUGGUGAUUCGGGUUCCAUCACUACUCAUAUCCAGAUCCAUACCACGCGCCGUUCUUCGUCGCCCGUUGCCGCGAUCGCCAGCAACGAUAAUGGUCUGAGAAUGCUGGACCUGACAACUGAGCAGUUCAUCUCGGAAAGCUUUUACCCCUCCGCUUUGAACUGUUCUGCCAUUUCGCCGGAUCGUCGACUUCGGGUACUUGUAGGUGAUACCCCGAAGAUCAGCAUCGUCAACGCCGACACCGGUGCAGUCGAGGUGACGCUCAAGGGUCAUCGCGACUACGGAUUUUCCUGCGACUGGUCCGAUGACGGGGUGACAGUGGCAACAGGCUUCCAGGACAGGCGUGUCAAGAUUUGGGACGCCCGGAAGUGGACAGAUUCCAGCGGUAAUAGCACUCCAGUCAUGAGCAUACUGACUGAGCUGUCCAGUGCUCGAAGCCUCAAGUUUUCACCACUUGGCAGUGGUGAGCCGGUCCUUGUUGCGGCAGAGGAGGCGGAUUACGUCAACAUAAUCGAUGGUAAGACGUUCCGGAAGAAACAGACCAUCGAUAUAUUUGGAGAGGUUGGCGGCGUAGCCUUCACCGAGGAUGGCCAACAAUUGAAUGUCCUGGUCAGCGACACCCGCAGAGGUGGCCUCAUCCAGUUCGACAGAUGCGGGCUGCUUCACUCCAGUCGAUUUACCCAUCCUCUUUCGAAUUUCCGGCAUUUCUAG